CCACCACUACCUCUUGAAACCAGAAAAUGCUAUUAUGCAAAAUGUGCUGUUCAGAUCAAUGUCUAGCAUUAUUGAUGCUUUCUUUAAAAUGUAUUUGCAUCCUGUAUACCAGGAAGGAAGAAAUGGUUUUGAAGUUUAUUAAGAAAACAAUUUUUCUCUUCAUGACUGUACUUGGCAUUCUCGGGAACAUGUCUGUUUCUGUGAAUUAUAUAUUCAAUUGGUGGGGAGGCUCUGAGAGGAAACCCACACACCUUAUUCUCAUCCACUUGGCUUUUACACACAUUAUAAUCCUUCUUGUAAAAGGAUUGCCAAAGACAAUAGAAACUUUUGGGUUCAGCAACUUCCUAGAUGAUAUAGGCUGUAAGAUCCUCGUUUACCUGGAGAGGGUGGCCCGUGGCCUCUCCAUCUGCACCAGCAGUCUCCUCACUGUGGUCCAGGCCAUCAUCAUCAGUCCCAGAGCAUCUGGGUGGAGGACACUCAGUCCAAAGUCUGCAUGGCACAUCCUUCCAUUCUUCUCAGUCUUUUGGAUACUCAAUUCUUUAAUAGGUCUGAACCUAAUCCAUUCCACCACAAAUACAAGAAUGAAUGUAUCACAACUUAAAAGUGAUUACAAGUAUUGCUAUUUUAUGCUACCAAGUCAGAAAAUAAAAUGGAUUUUUCUCCCUCUCAUGGUCCUGAGAGAUGCAGUGUUUCAGGGUGCCAUGGGAGGGGCCAGUAGCUACAUGGUAUUUCUUCUCCACAAGCACCACCAGCAUGUCCUCUACCUUCACAACUCCAAGCUUCUCUGCAGAACUCCCCAUGAGCUGAGAGCUGCUCAAAGUGUCCUCCUUCUUAUGCUCUGUUUUGUUUUCUUUUACUGGACAGAUUGUGCCUUUUCUCUAUUUUUAAGUCUCUCUUCAAGUGACAGUACUUUUAUGGCAAAUACUCAUGGAUUUCUGACCCUUGGUUAUGCAACUUUUAGCCCCUUUGUGUUGAUUCACAGGGAUGGGAUUCUGGUUGAGUGUUGGCAUUCUCAGUGGGAAAAAUUGAGAAAAUAUCUCUCUCAUUUGUAUGUUCAAUCAAUGGGAAAAAAACUUUUAGUUCUGCAGAAUUGUGGGUAA